UGGUCCGGUCCAGGUGCCUGCUGCUCCACAGGGAGGAGGGGGCCCUAACCGGGCACUGCCAGGCGGAAGCGCCGUUGCCAUUGGUCCAGUGGCGGCUUUUACCUGCCUGGAGCCCAGGGGGGCCCCAAGCGCAAAGUCCGCGGCGCUGGGCCAAGGAGCCGGCGACUGGCAGCGCAGGUGCGCCCACGCCCUCGGCCAGGCAAGAUGCCGCUGGGGCUGCGGGGAAAGAAGAAGGCUAAGUCCAAGGAGACCGCUCGGCUGGUGGAGGGCGAGCAGGCGGGCGCGGGCGUCGGGAGCCUCCCAGAUCCCCCGGUUCCCGCACGCAGGCUGGUCUUCCACACGCAGCUGGCGCACGGCAGCGCCACGGGCCGGGUGGAGGAUUUCUCCAGCAUCCGUGAGCUCUACGAGAAGAUCGCCGGCGUGUUCGAGAUCUCGCCGUCGGAGAUCUUAUAUUGUACUUUAAACACACCUAAAAUUGACAUGGAAAAACUCCUUGGAGGGCAAUUAGGUCUUGAAGAUUUUAUAUUUGCCCAUGUGAAAGGACUAAAAAAAGAAGUGAAUGUAUAUAAAUCUGAGGAUUCACUUGGACUCACCAUUACAGAUAAUGGUGUUGGCUAUGCUUUUAUCAAGAGAAUUAAAGAUGGUAGCAUUAUUGACUCAGUUAAAACAAUCUGUGUGGGGGAUCAUAUUGAAUCCAUAAAUGGAGAAAAUAUCGUUGGGUGGCGUCACUAUGAAGUUGCUAAGAAGUUAAAGGAAUUAAAAAAAGAGGAGCUCUUUACCUUGAAGUUAAUAGAACCCAAGAAGGCAUUUGAGAUAGAACCAAGAUCAAAAGCUGGAAAGUCUUCAGCAGACAAAAUUGGAACUGCAAGAGGAACCCUUCGUCUGAGAUCUAGAGGUCCUGCCACCAUGGAAGAAAUGCCCUCUGAAACCAAAGCAAAGGCAAUCGAAAAGGUUGAUGAUCUUCUUGAACUGUACAUGGGAAUUCGAGAUAUUGAUUUAGCCACCACAAUGUUUGAAGCUGGAAAGGACAAAAAYAAUCCAGAUGAAUUUGCCACGGCACUUGAUGAAACUCUUGGAGACUUUGCAUUCCCAGAUGAAUUUGUCUUUGAUGUUUGGGGAGCCAUUGGUGAUGCUAAACAAGGAGGAUUUUGAUGUGGAUGAUCUAUCUCUGAAGAAAUGAACUAUUGUUCUUAAAAAAAAUCUGUAUAAGAAUUCUUUUAGCCACCUUCAUGAACUCUGGUUUAGU